AUGUCGGCGGCAAAGACAAAACAAAACAUCUCGUUGAACCAACUCCCUCCGGGAAAGAACAUACCGGGCACCGCCAUCGUCGUCGACGCCUUCAAAUAUCGUAACCCGGACUUCCUGUACUUCCUGAGUCACUUCCAUCAAGACCAUUAUGGCGGAAUUACGAAAAAUUGGAGCGAUGGGCCCAUAUACUGCUCUCAAAUUACCGCACGGCUACUCCGGCACGUUCUCGAUGUUCCCGAACAGUAUAUAAAGUCGUUGCCUCAGAAUGAGCCUGUGGACCUGAAUGCGGAGUGCAGGGUCACUCUGAUGGAUGCGAACCACUGUCCUGGCGCGCACGUGCUGAUUUUUGAUGUGAAAACCGACGAAAGCGUAAAGCGAUACGUUCACUGCGGAGAUAUGCGUUAUGAAGCGCGGAUGAAGUGUUGGCCUUCCUGGUUUCGCGACGGCGCUUUGGUCGACGUCGAAACAGUCUUUCUCGACACGACAUAUUGUAAUCCUCGCUACAAGUUCCCGAAACAGGACGUUGUCACAGCGGCUGAUGAUACACCGCCACUAGCACAAGCACAGCGAAGAACAUUGUUCGUCGUGGCCACCUACACAAUCGGCAAGGAGAAAGUGCUGCACGAGAUUAGCACGGCUUGCGGCGACCUGUGCAUUUACACCUCCCCGGACAAAAAGGAAAUUCUGAAUCUUUUGGACUUGCCUUAUGCGAACAUCUUUGUGAGAGAGCCUCGCGAAUCUUCCGUUCAUAUGAUUACUUGGGGGAAGCUGGGGGAAAUGGUUCCUGGGGGUUGGAGAUUUUUACCGAAUUGGGGAUUCGCACAAGAAUAUUUGGAUUGGGCCAACUCGCUGCUCUCAGACGACGUUCCAAAGUUUACCCAUCUUGCGGGGAUCGUCCCCACCGGAUGGACAUGGGAGUUUCAAAAGCAGCAUGGGACGGGCUCUCUCUUUCAUUGCACCAUGAAGCCAGGCCAAGAACACCUGUGUAUAUAUGAGGUUCCCUAUUCAGAACAUAGCAACUUCGAAGAAUUGCGGGAGUUCGUGGAGUUCCUAAAACCCGCGCGCGUGGUUCCGACUGUUGUCGGAAAGAGCGGCAAUGCGGGGAAGCUAGCCGGGUACUUUAGGGAUCUUGUGGACUCGCGAAAAAGUUUUCAGCUCGGAUUCAACGACUUAUUCGCAGGCGAGUGGACCUUCAACUUCUCGUAA